AUGAACUCUUCAACAGCCGAACAUGCUGGACUACGCUCCAACUCCAUCACAUCGACAGAGAGCAAGCAUUCGCCAUUGCGUAAACUGGACAUGUGCUCUCGUUCAGAAUUGUGCGAAAUGCGAGAUAGAAACGAACAAUUGCUCAACGAUCGGUCCGUAGUCAAUACGUUACCUGACAAAGGUGACCGACUUCGACAAACAAACGCCCAUAUUGAUGAAUUACUGAUGGAAAAAAAUGACGACGAAAUUCUAUCGGAAAAUCAUAACUCUCAGUUGACGAGGCAACUACAAGAUAUGAGUAUCUUGACCCCCCGGCAAAAUGCCAGAAAGCGUUCAGUGGAUCUGGCAAACGCACAAGCACGAUCGAAUGAUUAUGUCUCUGACAGUCUCUUACGUCGAUCAUCCAGACUGCACAACUCACCACCUACAGCCGCAGUAUUCAUGAAUUCUUCACCGCCUGAAAAGGCCAAAGUCCGCAUGAUGACAUUAGCUGAAGCGAUAGAUUUGGAAAAGCAGCAGAAUCACCAUUUACAGAGAGACGAUGCACCAAGAAAUACCCGACGAGCACCUCGUAGUCUCGCCCAGUCAUUAAGUUCAACGAUGACCGAGAUGCAGUUGGAUCCUGAAAGCCAUCCGUUAGAACGACAAGACGACGAAGAAUAUCUUAGCGACGAUAUAGAGGAGAUGCGAGUGUCCAAUUCUUUCUUUGAUGAUGAAUUUGACAAUGAUCCUGAAGUGACCCAAGCCUAUCUGUAG